CGUAAAACAAUAACGAAGAAGAACGUCUCAUCGUCAUGGGCGGAAUUACACUAUCCGUGGACGGAAUCCACGACACUGUCAAUGGGCGAAAGAGUAAUGAGCGAUUUUGAAAGACAGAAAGCAAGGGUGACUAGUUCCGCGCUUUACUUUUAUUUUCUGUUUGUAAGCCAAGAAGCCGUUAGCUAAACGUAAAUUCGACCACCACUUCAGCUUUGUUUUUCAGAUUUAAAUCUCGAAGACUGGAUGCAGAUAUCAAACACUAGAUUCAGAUUCAAAACAUGGAUUUAGCAGUGUUUCGGAUAUUGUCACUUUGAAACCACACGGAGGCCCGCUGUGUUUUACACUCACUCAACUCUGGUACUGUUGGGCAGAAGAAACUUAAGUUCAGCUCGGGCUUGGUGUUGACAGGUGGAUGUGGAGGUGGAACUGGUCCGAAGGUCAAGUUACAGCUUCACCAACACGUCAGAUGAGCAGAUAAGGUUCCGUCGGGCUUUAAACAGCACAGACAUGAGCUGACAAUGACACAAGUGCACCUGCGGAUCUGAGGUUUAUACUGGGACGCACUUGUUUAUGAUGGGGAGUCAGAGGAACGGUUUCAAGAAGGAGCGCUUCAUUUUGUCAGUGGACGUCGGUACAACAUCUGUCCGAUGUCAUGUCUACGACAAGGAGACACAAAUCCGAGGAUCUUGCACCAGAGAGGUGAAGCCCUUGUAUCCAGAGGUGGGGCACGUGGAGAUGGACCCUCGUGAACUGUGGAAUGAGUUUGUGACUGUGGUCAAAGGAGCUGUGCAAGAUGCAGGAGUGUACAUGCAUCAGAUAGAGGCCCUUGGCAUUUCCACACAACGAGGCACCUUCACAACAUGGGACAAGAGAACUGGUGUUCCCUUUCAUAACUUCAUCACCUGGCAGGACCAGAGAGCUGCAGACCUGGUGAAGUCUUGGAACAGAUCCUGCACCAUGAAUGCAAUCCGCAGCGUAGCAAAGGUGCUGUACUUCCUGUCCAGACAGAAGAGGUUGCUCGCAGCAAGUCUUAUUGUUUUCUCUACUCAGCAUGUUAGUUUUCGUCUUGUCUGGGCCCUGACGCACUACAAACAGGUUCUUCAAGCAGUAGCUGAAGACAACUGCUGCUUUGGAACAAUAGACACCUGGCUCCUGUUCAAACUUACAAAAGGUCACGUCCAUGCCACAGAUUAUUCUAAUGCCAGUUCAACAGGAAUAUUUGACUCCUAUCAGAUGUGUUGGAGUAGUUUACUCUGCUCUCUUUUGUCUCUGCCUCUCUCUAUCUUCCCCAGAGUAGAAAAUACGGGUCAUGACUUUGGUUCCACAGACCCAUCUAUCUUCGGAAUAUCCAUUCCCAUCAUGUCAGUGAUGGCGGACCAGCAGGCAGCCAUGUUUGGAGAGUGCUGCUUUGAUGUCGGCGAUGUGAAGAUCACCAUGGGAACAGGCACCUUCAUGGACAUCAACACUGGGAGCAAACCACAUACAUCUGUAGCGGGUCUGUAUCCUGUGGUGGGGUGGAAGAUCGGCCCAGACGUGGUGUACCUUGCAGAGGGCAAUUCCGCGGACACAGGCACUGCUAUCAAAUGGGCGCAGAGUCUGGAGCUCUUCACUGACGUCCAGGAGACCAGUGCCAUGGCGUACAGCGUCAGUGACGCUGAUGGCGUUUGCUUUGUGCCUUCCUUCAGUGGCCUGCAGGCUCCACUGAACGAUCCCAAAGCGUGUGCUUCACUCAUGGGCCUCAAACCUUCCACCACCAAAAGCCAUCUGGUCCGUGCCAUACUGGAGUCAGUCACCUUCAGAAAUAAGCAGCUGUAUGAGACGAUGCUGAGAGAAACUCGCAUUCCCAUCACAAAGAUCAGGGUGGAUGGUGGUGUCUCCUCCAAUGACUUUGUCAUGCAGCUGACUGCAGACCUACUCGGCAGGAAGGUAGUCAGACCCCAGCAUCGUGAGAUGUCAUGUUUAGGGGCUGCGUUUGUCGCCGGGCUUGGAGUCGGUUUCUGGAGGAGCCGGGAAGAACUGAAAAAGCUGCAACACGCAGAUGAUUUGUUCGUGCCUCAAACGGCACCCAAGGAGGGUGUUGCCAACCGGAAUCGGGAGUACAUGCCCGUCCUCCAGAGCUGGGACAGAGCUCUCCGACGUUCCAUGAAUUGGUAUAAGCCUUGACUCGAAACGGAGAUUCAGGAUUUGAAUACAUGUGAAGACAAACACAAAAAAUACCACAAUCUGUUCAGUAGUUUAAGGUUUUUUCAGUAUAAUCCUAUUCCAAAUGCUAAAAAACUAAAAUCGCACGUACUGACAUCAUAUUAUGGUAUUUACUAUAAACAAGGCUGAAGACAGGAUUGUGUGGAAACAGUGGUUCAGGUUGGAUCUAGGUCGUAGAACCUCCACAGCCCUGGAGUGUUGAACACACACUAAUGUUUGUACUUGACUUGUUUUGCAGCCUCCUCAGGUGAAUCCUCUCUACAGCUCAGGUCACUGGCGCCUCUUUAUAGUGUUGUAUUCAGAUCAUAUGAUGUUUGUUAUAGUAUUAGUCCACACGAGGGCACUGAUGAUCGUUGCAGCAUUUAGAUUAAUUAACUAGCUGUAGCAAACACAUGGCACUUCACAAUGGGGAGCAUAGAUUAUAAUCAUUCAUAUACUGUACCAGAUGCACGCAUGGUUCAUGCAGGAGGCACAAAAGCAGCAGAUCAAUAACACUUUAAAUUUCAAAGAAACAUGUUUUCAUUCCAUCAGUUAUAUCAUUUUUAAUGUAUACCUGUUGUAUGUAUAUGUAUAAUGUAUACCUCGAUUCAUCGUUAGAAGAGUAGAGUUGCAAUGAUAUGUCUCUCAAACUGAAAAGCAAUUAUUUCAAAUGUUGUUUGACUGCAAAUGGAACAAAAACCAACUGUUGUUUUCUCCACCCACUGAGAGGAGGUCUUUUUUAAGUUAAGAGUUUUUCGAUGAAAUACGAAAUGUGUCAAGCAUUUCUGAAAUGUUGGCACGGUUGACUGAGAGACACCUCUGUGUCUGCUGCAACAGGAAUAACGUUAAGUACAUCUCAUCGUACGAAAGCUCUCUCUGCUAUGGAGCCUUUUCAAGCUGAUCACCUUGAUAAAACUACAGUGAUUUCUCUGUGGCUGCAGGAACAUCUGACAUCUGACCUAAAACCGAUGCACUUUUUUUUGUUUUUGUUUUCUUUAUGUUGUAUUGUUAUUAUUGCACUUAUUAGUGUUGCAUAGGAAUAGCCAUGACGAUGUCAUAUGAUCAUGUUUGGACCUGAUGAACAAACUUCUGACUCUAAGGAAGCUGUGAAGGUCACAGUUGUGUAGAAAUGUUUGCUUUCCCUUAUUGUUUUAAUUCUUUGUGUAUUUAUAUAUGUAUGUGUGUGUGUGUGUAUAUAUAUAUAUAUAUAUAUAUAUAUAUAUAUAUACACACACAUACGUACAUACAUACACGUGUGUAUAUACUAAACUGAAAUCACCUUUUCAUACUCAAAGCAUAACAUUCAACCCCUUGAAUGUAUUAUAUUUACUUUUUAAAAGUACAUAACUAUAAUUUGGCAUCUUAAUCAAGAAAUAAGAAUGUUUUUUUCUAUUUUGUUCUAAUUUUUUUUGCAAAACGGUACAGUUGUAAAAUUCAUGGAUAACAAUAAUUAUUAAAAAAUAUAAUUUCUACAAUCUGGUGUAUUAACCAUUACAGAAAACGUGAUUUUUGUGGUCUAAUGUAUAAUGGGCCAUUUUGACAGGUCAGUGUAGGGAAAUCACAGGUGUAAAUAAUCCGGUCCAGUUCCAUUUAGCUUCAUCAGUUUCUCUUCAUCAGGCUGCAUCACGCUGUCCUGAUUCACAUGAAGUGAACAGAGCCACCGUGAAUUUGAUCAGUAACACCUGUGCUUCUCCUGCUAAAAACAUGUCAAAAUGGCUGCUGUGCAACUAAUCAAUGUACUUUAUUGUGCACACUCACUCUUCAAUGACCUUUAUCUCAAUACUUUCACAUGCAAGGUUUUCGAACUUCUUUCAUUUCUUAAAGGGCAAACAUUAUCGCUGCUGCAAUUUCACUACUAAUUAAUAUGAACAAACAUUAACGUUAAUUAGAUUGAGGCAAAAAAAAAAAAUGAAGGUACUUUGUAUGUUGUGUAGUGUCCAGUAUUAAAGAAAAACGUAACUCAUCA